GCGACCAUGAACGAAGACAUCGUCGACGAGAUCCUGUACCUUGCUCGUGCCAACGAGGUCGCUGAGCUGUCGACGUACCUCUCCGAUGUCUCAGCCCAGGCGAAACAAUCUAAAGCCGAACUGGUCGCGGCCGCGGCAGAUCCCUACUCCAAGAACACAGCAUUGCACUAUGCUGCUGCGAAUGGACAUGUCGACACAGUGAAGCUUCUCUUCUCUCUCGAAACGGGCAAGGCUUCGGCGUCUACGUCGGGGCUUAUCAACGCGGUAAACGAUGCGGGCAACACGGCACUACAUUGGGCUGCGCUCAACGGACACCUCGAAUGUGUCAAGCUCUUGGUUCAGGCCGGGGCCGACGUCACGAUAAUCAACCGGGCCGGCCAUGACGCCGUAUUCGAAGCCGAGAUCAACGACAAGGGCGACGUGGUCGAUUGGCUCCUAGGAGCGGUCGAAGAGUUGGAGAAGGGCAUCGGGGAGACGGGCGAAUCAUCAGGCGGAGGACUGGGGGCCGAUUCGCAAAGCGAGCCAGCCCUGAACGGCUCCAUAGGCACGAGUGCCGGAGGUGCAGUCGAAGAUGUAAGAAGGCAAAUGGACAACCUCGAUACCAAGGACGCCUCAAAAGACGGCUGAACCACCCAAGGAUAGACGCAAUCCCAGCAUCAUAAAUUGCUCAGCACCCCUACACCCUG